CUGGUUCAAGCAGUGGAAAAAAUAUGUUGGCUUUGACAGUUGGGACAAAUAUCAGAUGGGAGAUCAAAAUGUGUAUCCUGGACCGAUUGACAACUGUGGACUUCUCAAAGUACCUUUGGGAAGUCCAGGAUCCAGCUAAGAAGUUGCUCUGCUCCAGAUGAACAAAAUACUGAGAACACCCACAUUGAAACAGAUGGUGAUGCACAGUCACUUAAGGAACAUCUUAUUGAUGAAUUGGAUUACAUACUGUUGCCAACUGAGGGCUGGAAUAAACUUGUCAGCUGGUACACCUUGAUGGAAGGUCAAGAGCCAAUAGCAAGAAAGAAACAGUAUUCACGACUGAAAUCCUACAGUUAACCUUUAGAAGAUCAAAAGGAAGUAAACUUAUUUAAAAGGUGGUUGAACAGGGUAUGUUUGUAAAGCAUUGCAAAGUAGAAGUAUAUCUCACAGAAUUGAAGCUAUGUGAAAAUGGAAACAUGAACAAUGUUGUAACUCGAAGAUUUAGCAAAGCCGACACAAUAGAUACAAUUGAAAAGGAAAUAAGGAAAAUCUUCAGUAUUCCAGAUGAGAAGGAGACCAGAUUGUGGAACAAAUACAUGAGUAAUACUUUUGAACCACUGAAUAAACCAGACAGUACCAUUCAGGAUGCUGGCUUAUACCAAGGACAGGUGUUAGUGAUAGAACAAAAAAAUGAAGACGGAACGUGGCCAAGGGGUCCUUCUACUCCUAAGUCCCCAGGUGCAUCCAAUUUUUCAACUUUACCAAAGAUCUCUCCUUCAUCUCUGUCAAAUAAUUAUAACAACAUCAACAACAGAAAUGUGAAAAACUCAAAUUAUUGUCUCCCAUCAUACACUGCUUAUAAGAACUAUGAUUAUUCAGAACCUGGACGAAACAAUGAACAGCCAGGUCUCUGUGGCCUAAGUAAUUUGGGAAAUACGUGUUUCAUGAACUCAGCUAUUCAGUGUUUGAGCAACACACCUCCACUUACUGAGUAUUUCCUCAAUGAUAAGUAUCAAGAAGAACUGAAUUUUGACAAUCCCUUAGGAAUGAGAGGUGAAAUCGCUAAAUCGUAUGCUGAACUGAUCAAGCAAAUGUGGUCUGGAAAGUUUAGCUACGUCACCCCAAGAGCAUUUAAGACACAGGUAGGACGUUUUGCACCUCAGUUCUCUGGAUAUCAGCAGCAAGACUGUCAAGAACUAUUAGCUUUUCUAUUAGAUGGGCUACAUGAGGAUUUGAAUAGAAUUAGGAAAAAACCAUAUAUUCAAUUAAAAGAUGCUGAUGGAAGGCCAGAUAAGGUGGUUGCUGAAGAAGCUUGGGAAAAUCAUUUAAAAAGAAAUGAUUCUAUCAUAGUAGAUAUAUUUCAUGGCCUUUUCAAAUCAACUUUAGUUUGUCCUGAAUGUGCUAAGAUUUCAGUAACAUUUGAUCCUUUUUGUUAUUUGACACUUCCAUUGCCCAUGAAAAAAGAACGUACCUUGGAAGUUUAUUUAGUUAGAAUGGACCCACUUACUAAACCUAUGCAGUACAAAGUGGUUGUCCCCAAAAUUGGAAAUAUAUUAGAUCUUUGUACAGCAUUGUCUACUUUGUCGGGAGUACCUUCAGAUAAGAUGAUAGUUACUGAUAUAUACAAUCAUAGAUUUCACAGAAUAUUCGCCAUGGAUGAAAAUCUUAGUAGUAUUAUGGAACGGGAUGAUAUUUAUGUAUUUGAAAUUAACAUCAAUAGGACAGAAGAUACAGAACAUGUGAUUAUUCCUGUUUGCCUAAGAGAAAAAUUUAGACACUCAAGUUAUACUCACCAUACUGGUUCUUCACUUUUUGGUCAGCCUUUUCUUAUGGCUGUACCACGAAACAAUACCGAAGAUAAGCUCUACAAUCUCCUGCUUUUGAGAAUGUGCCGGUAUGUCAAAAUAUCUACUGAUACUGAAGAAACUGAAGGAUCCCUACAUUGCUGUAAGGACCAAAAUAUUAAUGGGAAUGGCCCAAACGGGAUACAUGAAGAAGGCUCACCAAGUGAAAUGGAAACAGAUGAACCAGAUGAUGAAUCCAGCCAGGAUCAAGAACUUCCCUCAGAGAAUGAAAACAGUCAGUCUGAAGAUUCAGUAGGAGGAGAUAAUGAUUCUGAAAAUGGAUUAUGUACUGAAGAAACUUGCAAAGGUCAACUCACAGGACACAAAAAGCGAUUGUUUACAUUCCAGUUCAAUAACUUAGGCAAUACUGAUAUCAAUUACAUCAAAGAUGACAUCAGGCAUAUAAGAUUUGAUGAUAGGCAACUUAGGCUAGAUGAAAGAUCUUUUCUUGCUUUGGAUUGGGAUCCUGAUUUGAAAAAAAGAUAUUUUGAUGAAAAUGCUGCUGAGGAUUUUGAAAAACAUGAAAGCGUGGAAUAUAAACCUCCUAAAAAGCCCUUCGUGAAGUUAAAAGAUUGCAUUGAGCUUUUUACAACAAAAGAAAAACUAGGUGCUGAAGAUCCCUGGUAUUGUCCAAAUUGUAAAGAACAUCAGCAAGCCACAAAGAAAUUGGAUUUAUGGUCCCUGCCUCCAGUACUUGUGGUACAUCUCAAGCGAUUUUCUUACAGUCGAUAUAUGAGAGACAAGUUAGAUACUUUAGUUGGUUUUCCUAUCAAUGACUUGGAUAUGUCAGAAUUCCUCAUUAAUCCAAAUGCAGGUCCUUGCCGCUAUAAUUUGAUUGCUGUUUCCAACCAUUAUGGAGGAAUGGGAGGAGGACAUUAUACUGCUUUCUCAAAAAAUAAAGAUGAUGGAAAAUGGUACUAUUUUGAUGACAGUAGUGUCUCCACUGCAUCUGAAGAUCAAAUUGUGUCCAAAGCAGCAUAUGUACUCUUCUACCAGAGGCAAGACACUUUCAGUGGAACUGGCUUUUUUCCUCUUGACCGAGAAACUAAAGGUGCUUCAGCUGCCACAGGCAUCCCCUUAGAAAGUGAUGAAGAUAGCAAUGAUAAUGACAAUGAUAUAGAAAAUGAAAACUGUAUGCACACUAAUUAAUGAAAGUCCUAGAAGCCAUAAAAGAGACUUUCCUGCUGGUGGUAUCUGUGGAAAGGAAGUUACCCACCACAUUAAAACACAAGUCUGAGAUGGGGAGUUUCAGAUAACCGAAUGUAAAUCCUUUAUCAGAUUUUAACUUGUGCAGUACUUGAAGUGAAACACAAUGAAAACUUUAACAGAAAUUGUCUCUUAAUACAUUUGCAGUCUUGUAUUUACAAGCUAAAUAUAUAUAGGAAAUCACAAAUAAAUCCCUUUUAAGUUUGCUGCUGUUUUGAUGAAUUAUGUUUUCUUUAGUUUUUUGGAUGUGAGUUAAUUGAUUACAAAUGUUAAAUUUGUGGAUGUUGGUCAUUCAUUUUGCUCUAAUAAUACUGCAAGAAAACUAUUGCUGAACUUAGUUUUUGGAUAAUCUAGUUCAUGUGCAUUAGGCUGCCAUAUAUACUACUAUAAUACUUAGCUGCAGUAUCAAUGUGGCAUAAAUACUGCAGUAUUAUCCUUGGGAAAUCAAAUUUCCAAAUGUAUCGCUGGUAAUCAAUAUGGGCCUAUUAAAAAAAAUCAUGAUCUGAGAAACAAUCUUGAAAAAGUAAUUUCAUUUUGUAGUAUCAUUAAAAAUCCAGAAUAUUACAUUCAUCUUAACUGCCAUUAUGGAAACAGGUUCUAGAUUUUACAUACCAUCCAAAGUCAUUUUUUCAGUUACAUGUAAGUACUUUUUACUGAUACUGGAAUGUAUUCUUUAGACAGUCAAAAAUUUCUACUUGCUUUAAAAUGCAUAUCUUUAAUCUGGUGUUGGUCCAAAAAUAAAAUUUUUUCUGUCUAUUCUCUUCCCCAUUUUUUUGGUAAUUUGGCAACUUUUAGGUCUCCCGGUUAUUGUAAUAUAAGGACAGACUUAAUAGUAUUCUGUAUCCAUAGUAAUAAAUGCAUCAAGCUUAGGUGAGAGAUUUUUUUUCAUAUACUAGCCUUUAAAUCAUUAAUGGAAAACUGGCUAUAAAGGUAGGUCUGUUAACUUUCUUUGUGUGUUCCUGAUGGAAUUCACCAUAGCCUUACAGCUUUUCUCAGAAGGUAACUUGUUAUAAGACAAAUGGCAUUUGCAUGUUCCAGAGUCAGAACCUGUACAGUAUAUAAAGCUUACAAACCUUGAAUUUGAUUUUAGUUCACCACAUUCAAGGAUCCAGGAUGCCAAAUACAUGUGUGGACAUUCGAAACAUUUUCAUUUGCUGCUUUCUUUCCCUUUGAUCUAGUUGAAAGAAUGUAUUGUCGAUUGGCAUACAAUACUGCCUUUAAUAGAAGACUAAAUGCUGGGGCACAUUUCACCUAUCUACUACCUGAGAAAUUGCUUUGUGUCCCACUGUUAUUAAAGCAAAAGUAUAAUGUUCUUCACUUGAACUAAUCAAAUACAAUAGAUUAUAAAUUGUGUAUUGUAAAUAAAAGUUCACUCUGUGAGUGCACAUUUUGGUAAGUUAUUUAUUUAUGUUAGCAUUUAAAAGUAAAAAAAAAAAAAUGCAUUUGACCAGGAUAAAUGAGGUAUGUUAAUCAUGGCUUUGCUUUAUACCUUGAUACUGAAGCUGGUUUUUCAUCCUGGUAUUUUAAAAGCUGCUUUGGGUUUUUCCUUUUUUUCUUUCCUUUUUUUUUUUUAAAUGUAAACUAACCUCCUGCAUGACAGAGGUUAAAAUUUUGUCUGCACUUGGGUUCACUUGAGUUUACAUUUGAAAUGUGCAUGUUUAUUUAUACAGAGUUCAAUAAAGCUAUUCAAGGCCUUACUUAGUCUUUUAUUUCUUACUCUGAAUCUGCUGAUAACAGUUCCCUAUUUCAUGGAUAGAUGAUUAUACUACUGGAAAGAGCAAAGUAAAUCCUACUUUUAGGGAUAUUUUAAAGCUGAUUUUUUUAAAUUAAAUAUGAAACAAAUAUUUGUGUACCCACAAAUCACUGUUUUACAUUCUGGAGAUAAACAGCAAUAAACAAAUAUCUCUACCCUCACAGAACUUACAUUCUUUCUGCCAUUUACCAAGUAAUGGACUUUAUUUCCUAUAUUCCCAUUUUUUAAAGGUAAAAAGAAAAGUCCAAGUUAACUUUUUCUAGACCUAGAUUUUAGUCUCCACCCCAAUUCUCCUGGAGACCUCUUCUUUUUUUCUUUUCUUUCUUUUUUUAAAAGGCAGGAACUUACUAUAUAGUGCAGUCUGGCCUUGAACUUCCAAUCUUUUGGCUUAGCCUCCCAAGUGCAGGUAAUACAGGUGUGACCCACCAUGCCUGGCUGAAGUCACUUGCUUUUAAAUGCCUGCCAUUGAAUUAUAAAAUUCAAAUUAUCAUUCUUGGUUGCAAAAGAUAAACUUUAAUAAUGCAAAGGGAUAAUACAUGCUCCAAUUUAAAAGUAUACAUUCAUAGGGAAUACAGAGCAAUAGAAAUGUAUUAGAAUUCUAUUUCGAACCUUGCCCCUUAGUAAUCAUUAUAACUUUGAACAACUUAAUCUUUCCUACUCUUGUUUCUUCACCUGUAAAAUAAUGAUAGCUGGUGUGCUUUGAGCACUUAUUAUGGACCAGGCACUAUAUUAAAGUGUGUAUAUGCAUUAUCUCAUUCAGUCCCACAACAGCUAUGUGGUAGGGACAGUCAUCCUCACUUCGCAUAUGGAGGAACCAAGAUGCAAAGCAUUUACAUAAUCUUCCCAUGUUCACACAAUUACUAUGUGUUAAGAGCUACUCCUCUAUCCUCAGAUAUAUACUUACUCUUAUUAUGUUAUAGUGUCUGCCUCAGAAGAUCGUUAAGGGCUCAAAUGGCAUCAUGUCUUUUAUGGGAAACUCAUUACUGAUUUCUUUGAUCUAAAUGGAAAGUCACCUUGAAGUAUAAUGACUUUGCUUCCAAAAGUAUCUUCAUCUCCAUCUUUAAGUACUGAAUGUUGAUUAACCUUUCCAUUUAAAAAUUAAUUUCAACUUGUGUAUAUUUUAAUUAAAUGGUAAAUACAAUGUGGCUACCCCACCCCCACCUCCAUUCAUCUAACUUAAACAAUGCCCUUCUUUCCAUUUCCCCCACUGCAGCCCUGAAUUUUAGGUCUUUUUUUUUUUUCCUCACCUAUAAUUGAUUUUAAUCAAUCUCCAUGAAAUAUUUAAAUAUCUUGCUUUUGCUUAUAAUGUGUUCUUUUAGUAGUAUUGUAUUUAUCCUUGCUUUCCUGACACCUGGAUAUAAAACCACACAAAUCAUUGAUUUUCCACACAAAGAAAAUCUGUAAGUACCAAAAUAGAUACACUGGGAGGACAGUGCAUUUUUAUGAACUCAUUUCAGUGAGGUAGGGAUAUCUUAUAAGGAAUAAGCCAAGAAAAUACAAGAAAAUGAGGGAAGUAUCCUUCAGUGGCAUACCAAAGGGGGAGGGGAAGAAGAAAAGGAGCUUUCUACCUGAGAGGAGAAACACGUUAUCACAGACAUUGUUUAACACUCGCAAGUGGUGGUAAGAUAAAACAGUUUUAUCUGUUUUAAUUGGUUUUUAAUUGGUUUUAGUCUUUUUCACUUCUCUGACAGUGCAUUUCAUUGCUGCCUGCUUCCAACUCUCCCUGUUUAAUAUGUUCGAUUCUCUGCUUGGUGCAGCAGCACAUUCUCACCAGUUUAGUUUUUAAGGUGGCAGUAGAUCAUAUGCUAGGGGAAGGAACCAGAGGGCCUCUAAAAAUCUCAAAAGAGCGAUAGGAAAGGAAAAUAAAUCUCAUUUCUGCAAUCAAAGAAUAAAAGGAGAAAUCUUCAUAUUUUUUACUUUAUACAAUGAGUUUUUUUCUUUGAAUGAUUUAACCUGAGAAAUUUUGAAACAGCUUCUCUUGAAAAUAUAUUGACACUUCCAAAUAAUUUUUUCCAGCCCCACUUGACAGAGGAUAGAUAAAAAAGAGGGGAAAGGUGAGUAUAUUUAUACCCUUGCUAAUUUAUAUCCUGACUAAUGCAGUUGUAGAUGUAUGCUAUAUAUUGUUUUAUUAUCAGAUUUUUCUAGUGAGACUAUGUGUAACAAUUUUUCUUAUAUGCUUUCUAGGUCAGGGAUAUUUCAAUUCAGUAUGUAUGUGCUUUAUAGGUGUAAGUCAUGUUCACUAUAUAUGAAGCAAGAGAAUUGCUAAAUAGUUCAGAUAACAUUUUCAUUUAAAACUUCAAAUUUUUAUAAACUAUAGGUUUCAAAAUAUCAGAAUUGGGAAGAUAAAGUGUGAAUGGUAAAAAUUCAAAUGUUGAUCAUGCGUUAUUUUCACUAAUGAAGGCGUAAAAAGUUUUUAAAUGGACAGUAUAAAAUAGGGUGUUCAAAAAUUGUUUUUGGCAAACAUAUGCAUUAACAGACAGGGAAAAAACAAGUGUCUUUUUUUCUAGAAAUGUAUAGCAAAUUAAUUCUACAAAGCUACUAAAAAUACAGCUCUUUGGAAAUUGUUCUUUUAAGUAGAAAUGCUGUAAAAAUCAUAUAUUUAAGUGUUUAAAUUGUUUUGGUAGUUGACUAUGUUCUGCUGUGGAAAAUCAUGCUUAAAUUUGGUGCUUAUUUUGCUACAAAACUUUUUCCCACAUAUGAGAAGCAUAUAUGGCUUGGUCUAUAUAAUUUGGUAAGAAAAAAGUUCUAUUUGCUGUGACCUUCAUUCAAUUUCAUUGCUAGCUGGAGUUAAAUUCACAUUGAUUAAAAUAAAAUAUAAAUCUGAAAACAACCCAACACUAUACCAUAAUGUGUAUUCUUACAUUGUUUUCAGUAAUGAGAC